AUGACUACCAACGAUCAUGGACACAUUAAUAAUCUUGACGAAAUGCAAAUGGAAACACUCAAACAUUACUGGUUAGCUUUGACGAAUGCCAUUUGCAGUCAAAGUUCAUUGCCUGCCGAUCAAAUUGCCAAUUCUGUUUACGGAGAUGAGUUAUUUUAUAUGAUCGGUUAUGAGAAUCCGGAUGUACUACCACUCCAAUGGCUCCGCAUAUGUAAGUGGAAUAUUAAUAAUGCUGUUCAAAAAAUGAUGGACAUGCUCAAGUGGCGACAUGAAUGGGGAGUGCAGACGCUUUUAGCCAAGGGAGAAAGUGAUCUGUCAUGUGAAGAAAUCAAAACUGGAAAGUGUUUUUUAAUGGGCUAUGAUAAAGCGGGUCGUCCGAUUAAUUAUGUAUCUGUCAAUCGUCACGUUAGAGGUCAAUAUCCUCAAGAAACCACUCAGAAAUUAACCGUUCUAACGAUGGAAACCGUUCGAAAACUUUUCAAGUCUCCUGUUGAAACGAGCACAAUUGUUUUCGAUUUAACUGGAUUCGGCUUGAAAAAUAUGGACUAUCAACAUGUCAAAUUUUUCGUAAGUCUGAUUGAAAAUUAUUAUCCGGAAUUAUUUGGUCAUGCAAUUAUUCUGAAUGCUCCAUGGAUAUUUUCCGGUUGCUGGGCCAUCAUUAGCAAAUGGUUAGAUCCGGCCAUACGAGAUGAAAUUCAAUUUGUUAGAAAUGAAGCCGAAUUAGCUAAAUACAUUGAUCCAUCACUUCUUCCUAGAGGAUUGAAUGGCGCUCAGCCUGACUUCGAGUACAUUCCGCCUACCGCUAAUGACGAAGCUAUGGCUGCUGCAUUUAUCGCCGAUGUGGAAGGUAAAACAAACGCUCGAGCAAAUCAUCAACAAGCGGCUCAGCACUUUUUAAAUAUUACUCUACAAUGGACUCACGAUGACACAAAUACAACUUUACUAGCCGAACGGAUAGUGGCUGCCAAGCGUUUGCGAGAUGCAUUUGAAACUUUGGUCCCUUAUGUCAAUACUCGAACUCACUAUCAUCGCAUCGGAGCUAUCAAAGAGCAGAUCUUUCAAAUCACUUACGAUCGACUCCAUGCCGAGAUGGCGACCCAUAGUUAA